AGUGUGGGUGAUCAGGAUGUAAGAGAGGAGAAGGUAGAGAUAAAGAGAUUAAAAGUGACUGUGAUCAUUUUAAUCAUUGAAAGUGGUUGUAAUUAAUGAGGAAGUACUGUAUUAUGGUUAUAGGUUGAGAAACUGUGAAAAUGUCCACACAAGCAGCAGGAGAUAGUAACAAACUGAAAGAUGGCUUAGAACUGACUGAACACAACAUUUCAUCUUUGGAAGGCCAGCCACAGGGGAACGAUGUCGUUGCUAUACACACUGAUUUGAAAGAGACAUCUGAAGAUACUCAAGAAACUGAAAAGCGUAGCCCGCCAGCUGGAACUCAACCAACCAAUGAAACGGGUGAACCUGAAAGUCCUCAAGCAACUGUUAAUGGAAUGAUAUCUGCUAACCCUCCUGUACCCAAUGAAAGGAAGGCACCACAGAGUUCUCAAGCAAAUAGUGAAAGCAGCUCUGAAACUGCAGAUGUAACAAUUCCCUUUAUAAACGGCCGCCCAAAAAAGGUACAUCCACCAACACCAUGGUCUAAAUGGCAAAAGUAUAUGAUCUUGAGUGUUCUUACGGCAAUAUUAGUCACUCAUAUUAUUCUGGUAAUUGUUCUUAUUUUAAUUAAGGUGCAGGAUAACCCACCACCUGUCAAGCCAUCUCCUCUGCAAUUUCAACAUGCCUUCUUCCACCUGAAAACUAGGGGUUACACUGAGUUAGAGAAAGACACUUACUUACGCUGGAAAAGAGAUGAGAGCCAGGAUGAAGGUAACAUUAAAUUGCGUGAUGAAACUUCCAUUUUAAUAACUCAAGAUGGGGUUUACCAAAUAAACAGUGCAGUGCAAUUGUUCAUUCCAGAAGAUACUCAUUCGAGGACCAUUACCUUGAUGUUAGAGAGAAAGAAAGGAGCGGAAUAUGAAUAUAUUAAAAGAAGUUCAUGUUCCUUAAAUGUAUCAGAAAAUUUCAUGAUACAAUCAUCAUUUGCAUACCAGUUUAAACGAAAUGAUGCAAUCCUUUUGCGGAUGAACAUGGCAAAAUUCAUCAGCCGCAAUACGCCCUCAAGCUAUUUGUCUAUCACCAGCUUAUACACGAUCGACCAAGUUCCCUAAAAAUUUAUCUUUGACCUGAAAUCAUCUUUAAUUGUGAAUUAGUGGUUCUUUAGAUUUCUUCUUUUCUUAUAGAUAUACACUUUUAUAUAAGCAUAUGUAGCUAUACACACACGCACGCACACACACACACACACACACAUACACACACACGCACGCACACACACACACACACACACGCA